CGUGUUGGUGGAAGUAGAAGCAAAUUGAAAUCGCGCGCUGUUUAAUUCGCUUGUUUAUGCCAAAGUCCAUGGCUGUUAGAUCGUUUAAUUAGUCGUCUGCAACUGGUCGGAUUAGCUUAGUGACACCAAUAACCAGUGGGUUUCCUACAUGCCCAGGAAUUGACUUCGCCUCAAAUUCUGGAUAUAGUGAGACGUUAUAAACGCCGCCACGCCCACUGCGGUGCCACCAGAUCUACGGUACCGAGCUUGUGACGCCAACGUUGUCGACAACCGUCGUCGUCGUUUCUGUUAAAUAGCGAGAUUAUUUAAUGUUGGCCACAGGGCUUCUGGCUCGCAGAAACAUUCCAAACCUGCCGGUGCUUAAUACAUGGAGGACGCUUCUCCGGACCGCUAGAAACCGCCCUUCAUCCACGGCAGCUCUUAAAAUCCAACAAAACGUUCUGGAGCAACAUCAGCCACUGCGGCCAUUCACCCGAGCAUACCCAGCCUCCAAAGUCAUGGACACACCGACAGAUGUAUUCCAAGGAAUUACCGAUCGCUUUGCCGGAGUCACAGUUGAUGGACGUGAAGAGAAAGUGGACAAUUUCCGGGAAAAACUUAAAAAAUCCCUUGACUUUUGGACAACAAACAAGAACCGAGCUAUUUGGUUCCGUGUGUACAAGGAGCAGGCCGAUUGGGUGCCAAUUCUGGCGGAGAAUGGCUUCGAUUUCCAUCACGCAAAGACCGGAGUGGUGGUCAUGUACCGCUGGCUACCGGAAGACGAGUCCAAUAAUCUGCCCAAUUUCGCACAUACACUGAUGGGCGUCGGCGGGCUAGUGAUCAAUGAUAAGAACGAGGUUCUGGUAGUGUCCGAUCGGUUUGCAAUGAUACCCAAUAGCUGGAAGCUACCCGGUGGUUAUGUGGAGCCGCGGGAGAAUCUCAUCGAUGCGGCGAUACGUGAAGUGGUAGAGGAGACAGGAAUCCGCACAGAGUUUCGGUCGGUAGUCACUCUGCGACAUGCCCAUGGUGGUACCUUCGGUUGCUCCGAUCUAUACGUGGUCAUCGCCCUGAAGCCCCUUAAUUUGGAUUUUAAACGAUGUGAGCGGGAGAUAGCACGACUCCAGUGGAUGCCCAUCGCGGAGUAUCUGCAGCAUCCGCAGGUGCACGAGACGAACAGGCAGUUCGUUUGCACGUUCUUGGACUACCAAAAGCGUGGCUUGACCCUCACCUGUCGCGACGAUGUCCACCAAGUGCUUAAGAAGAAGUAUAACUUGUAUUACGUGGAGCGUGAGCAAGAACAAAAGCAGGAUCAAAGUAAUUUGUGAGACUUGAAGGUUCAGUGGCCAAAUCCUUAGUGCAAUUUCUAUUAAGUUUUUUUUUGUAUUUCCAAGCCAGGAUGAGCACAAGUGCAUAUUGAAAUGUUCAUAAUAUAGUUAAAUACAUUGUGUAAUCAAAAA